UGUCCGCAUCCCCUCUACAUUUCCCUUUCAAUCGCAGUUCAUCAUUCAUCAUCUUCCAUCACCUUUCUCUCUCCUCCUCCAUCAAAAACUAAACAGAAAACAGUAUAUAAAAUUUAAUCUCAAACCAACAAAAAAUGAGCUUCAGAAGAUUCGAAAUCAUCGAUUAUUCAUCCCCAUUUCCCUUCUUCCCUUCAAAACCCAUCUCUUUAAUCCCCUUUUACGAAGAUGACGUCACUUUCCCUCUCUUCAACUCGUUCCACGACUCAUUGUAUGACUCGGUCUCCGAUCUUAUCCAGAUCGAAGCCAAACUACCCAUCUCCUCCUCAGCCUCAUUCACAGUCAUCCACCGAGUUAACUCACCCUCGUUGUGCCUGAGCUCGCUUUCGGAUCGAGUCAGCGCACUCGAGUCAAAGUUUGACCAGUUGUUGCAAAUUAAGGAGAAAGAAGCUAGGUUGGAGAAGAUGAUGAGUGAGGUGGACAGGAAGUAUUCAUGGACGGCUGAGAUUAAAGGAGGAAGUGAUAAUUUGGAGAAGAAGUAUAAAUGGACGGCUGAGAUUGAAAGGGAUGACAUUAAGAAAGGGAAAAGAGGAGAGAGAAAAUAUCAGUGGAUUACUGAGCUUAAAGGGAAGAAAGAUGGUGAUGAGAAGAGGACUUACACGUGGAAGGCUACUAUUGGUGGUAAUGAUGGUAAGAAGAAGGAAAAUGAGAAAAAAGAAAAGAAAUGUAAGAAGAAAUCAUCUGGUACUAGGAUUGUUGAGAUUGAAGAACCCUCUUAUGAUCAUAAAGCUGUGGUUUUGCGUCAGAACAUAUGAUAUUAGAACCAAGAGGAAGUAUAACAACAAACAUAAAAAGCUUAUUUAUUAAGUUCAAACAGCUUGUGUUAGAGUAUCUUACCAAGUUGACAGGGUGUAAGAAAGGAGGGGCACCCACAAGCCAUUCACAAUCAUCAUUGUUGUGGUUUUAUUUUAAUGCCGCAAGUGUACGGGUGUUGUAGUACGAUUACGAGUCGAUUCUCAGGUAAGCAAGAUUAACAUUCAGUUUUGUUAAAUUACCUACUUAAGAAGCAAGAUGAGCAUAAAUUAUUCUAACCUUAGAUUGCAAUUUAGAAAUUCAAUAAAUAUCAAUAAAAUUAAAGUUUGAAGUUGUGCAAUGUAUUGAACGAGUUUCUUGAAUUUUCAUUCAAUCCAGAGCGAAGUGGAACAAAUCUCAGGCGAAGCUUCCUUUUCAAGCAGUCAGAAAUUUUUUGGAGUUUGAAGAUUCGAUCGAAGUGAAAGAAUUUUUGUCGAAAUUUCAUAUUGUAGCUGACAGAAACUUUGUGGGCAAUUUGAUAGCAUUCAAGAAUUCAAUGACUCGGUCGAAGCUGUAGAAUCUCGGUCGAAUUUCACUCAAACUUUUUCCAGAGGCUGUUUUUGAGAUUUCUAAUGGCUGGGCUAGAAUUGGCAAGUCUUGGUCGAAAUUCUUGUAGAUUCGAUCGAAGCUUCGUACUAAUUUUCCAGAAGCUUUUCGUUGGUUUGUGCAAUGGCUGGAGCCUGGAUUGAGACUGAUUUUUUUUAUUUCGGGCGAAUUUAUGUAGUCCUGGGCAAAGUUUCAACAAUCUAGGGCGAAAUUUGUCAAUUAAUAAUUCAGAAACUUUCUGCCACCGUAAUCUCGAUCGAGAUUUAUUAGUCUCGUCCAAGAUUGUCUAUUUUUUUUUUCUAACCAAAAGCUUUGUUUUGAUUCUCCAAUUGCCUCCACAUCAACU